CUUCGGCAGAUGUUUAUGUCUGUGUUUUCCUUCUUCUGUCUAUCUCUGCUCUCUCCCGAGUUAGCUAUAUUGUUGUCUUGAGAAGUUCUCUCGAACGAACACCAUAGUACCGCCUAUGCAGACUGGACUGGCAGCCACCAUCAUGGCCACGCUGGAAACGAAGACAGGAAUUAAAAUCGUUGUCGUGGGCGCUGGCUUUGGGGGGCUUACAACUGCAAUUGAGUGCCAUCGACAAGGCCAUGACGUUGUGCUUUAUGAAUCAUUCCCUGAGCUGAAGCAAUUAGGCGACAUAAUAUCGUUUGGUGCAAAUGCUGGUCGGAUCUUUCAGCGAUGGCACAACGGCGCCGUUGUCUCCAGGUUGAAACCACUUUGUAUCGAUUUACAAGACUACGGCUUCCGGAUUCACAAGUGGGACACUGGCGAAGUUGUCCUCACACAAAAACGACCACCUGCAGACCUCGAAGCACCUGUUCUCAAUGGCCAUAGAGGAGAGCUGCACGAGGUCAUAUACAAUUAUGCGAAGGACGAACUAGCGAUUCCAAUACAUCUUGGCCAGCCGGUCACUGACUACUUUGAGGACGAAGAUGGUGCUGGAAUUCAGCUUCAGAACGGGAGCAAGGUUGGUGAUCUCCCCGUUUCUUCAAGAAUCAAAACCCAAUACGUUUCAAAGGUUUUGGCUGAUGUCGUCAUUGCUGCCGAUGGAGUCCGAUCCAAAGCGAGAGAACUUGUUCUUGGCCACAAGGACAAGCCACAAAGCAGCGGAUAUGCGAUAUGGAGGGCGUGGUUUGCCGCCGAUGCCUUGCUGGCAGACCCUCGGACCAGACAAUUCUGUGAGAAUGGCGAUACCUUCAAUGGUUGGAUAGGCCCAGACGCCCAUUUCCUAUUCUCUACUCUGAAGGGAGGUCGAGACUGCUCUUGGGUACUGACCCAUAAGGACGAGUACGACAUCGACGAAUCAUGGUCCUUCCCUGGUAAGAUCGAGGAUGUUUGCCGCGCACUUGAAGGCUGGGACCCCAUGUGCCGAGUAAUCAUCGAGAAGACCCCGUCACUAGUGGAUUGGAAGCUCGUGUACCGCGAUACACUUCCUAACUGGGUCAGCGGAGGCGGAAGAAUCGCCUUACUAGGAGACGCCGUUCAUCCGUUCUUGCCAACAAGUACUCAAGGAGCGACUCAAGCUAUGGAAGACGGCGUUACCAUAGCAGUCUGCCUGAAACGUGCGGGAAAGGAAAACGUUCGUACAGCGCUCAAUGCUUAUCAGGGCAUCCGGUACGACCGUGUGAGGGCUGUGCAGAAGACUGGAGUCUCCACUCGUGAGAUGUGGCACAAGACAGACUGGGAGAAAGUGAAGAAGGAUCCCACAACGAUUGCUUUGCCAAGAGAAGACUGGAUACUCGAAUUUGACGCCGAAAAGCAUGCGGAAGAGAUGUAUGAGAGCGUUGCCACUCCAUCCCUUUAA